CGGACGGGGCGGAGGGGUGGGACUCCCGGCCCCGCCCGCUCCAAUCCCCGCGCCCGGGGGCGGGCCCUGCUGCCCAGGAGCCGGCGAGCCGGGAGCGCGGCCAGUGCUGCCGGGCCGGGCCAUGGUGGGGACGCUGGCGCUGCCCGAGGGGCCCGAGCCGCUGGACAGGAAGCGGCGCGGCGAGCGGGUGCUGGACAGCCCCGACUCCGGCCUGCCGCCCAGCCCCAGCCACUGGCUGCUGGCCGCCGGCUCCGAGCGCGCUGCGCCCCCCGGGCUGCCCGAGCCGGACGCCGCGGGCCAGGCGCCGCCGAAUGCUGUGUUCUCCCCCAACCCUCUGCUCUCCAGCUGCCCUGCGAGGUUAUGCCCUUUAUCCUUUGGCGAAGGAGUUGAGUUUGACCCUCUGCCACCAAAGGAAAUAAGGUACACCUCCUCAGUGAAGUAUGACUCAGACAAGCACUUCAUCGAUGAUGUCUAUAUGCCGGUGGGGUUAGGCGUUUCCUCGUGCAGCCAAACGGUCGUCUGCAUCCCUGAUUGCACAUGGCGCAGUUACAAAGUCGAGGUCCACUUUGAGCCUCGGAACAAGCCUCUGCGUUUCACCAGCACCACCAUUGUCUACCCAAAGCACACCAAAACUGUGUACACCACCACUCUGGAUUACAACUGCAGGAAGUCCAUGCGGCGGUUCUUGUCCAGCAUAGAGCUGGAGUCUGCAGAAUACCCUGGGAACGAUUACCUCCUGGAUGGCUGCUGACUGACAUCUGUCUCUCUUGCUAUGAUCCAUCCUAGUCCCUUUCUACUGUACUGUACUAACUCUCCACUAGCUAAAGUGGGUAAAAAAAAACCCUAAUUGCCCAGUCACUCUAAGGGAAACUUACCUGUCGCUACCUCUGUCCUAGCUCAUAAAUUCAAAAUGGCCUGCAUUUAAUUUUCUAGGGGAAUUUAGCUUUUCAAGAUAUCAGUUUAUCCUCCUUUAGAGCUGCUGAUUUCCUUCCCUGCUCCCACAUUGCAGUAUUCAGGUGAAAAUAAGGGAAAUGUUUCCAAAGAGGAAAAGUUAAUUGCUCUUUCACAGAUAAGGGAGAGUCUGGGACAGUGGAAAAAUGUAAGAUUCUUCAUGCUGAUGUGUAAAACCAAUGACAAUUCUCUUGCUGCAGAAAAUUUAGCAGAUAAUUCAGCGAUUUGUAAACAGAGAGCCAUAAUUAAUGUCAGCUUUGGUCACAGGACCUUGGUAAAGCAGAAAGUGCUGACAUCCUUUGGCAUAGGCUAGCUGAUGGGAAAUCCAGAAUUUUAUAUUUAAACAGAUGUUUUUUAAUCUAAUUCAUGCCUGUUUUUAAAGAUGUUCCUUUAAGGCGGGGGGGGGGAGGAGUUUUGAUUAGAGCAAGAGUUAAAUUGCAUUUGGGUAGGCAUAGAAGGAACUGGGUUAUCUUUCUUCAGGCUCCCCUAAUCUUACAGAAGAUCUUGUAUACUUUUCAGUUAGUUAACCCAGCCUCAAACUUGUGCAACUAUUUGUCAGUGCAGCAGAUACUAGAAUUUGCCCGCACUGUACUGUAACUUGUGAAGACUAUUACGCAGAAAAUUAUCUCUGAGGGGUAAUUAAUUUUGGAAAUCCAAGUGUAGACAUCCGCUAGUUUCAAACCACUAGUAUCUGUUAUGUGCUAAUGCUGGCACUGUUUCUCACUCAAGGGGAGCUGCAACAGUGGAAAAAUGUUAGGAAAUCCACAGGGUGGAAGUCAUAAGGUGGAAGCAGAAACCUGGGAAUCCAGCAGCAUCACCUAGGGGUAUGUGGGAGUGACUUGCCAAGGAAGGCACUGCGACAAAGGGAAUGCAGAACUGUCAACUGGCUAGAUCCACAGCUAUGCCUGUGCUUUCCCUGUUGGACUUCACAAAGAUCAUUAUUCUGUCUAAGUUUUCGAUCUGAUGGUGUUGAUGAUUCCACUGGGGCAAGGGAGGUCUUCCAUACCCGGAGCUUCCUGAGUAGCCCUGCAGUAACAAACCAGAGUGCAUUUCAACUGGAGAUCACUGGGGGUUGGGGAGUGGGCAGGAGAGAGGUGGUGAGAAUAAUCACUUCAGAAUAACCUGCACCUUAACAUUGUCUUUGUCUAUCAUGCACUUUGACCAACCAGAACAUGUGGCUUUCUAAAUCUCCAGAAUUGUUGUUUCUUUGUUGAAAGAGAGGAGAGCAGCAUGGAAAGUGGGUGCUUUUGAAGAUGUGGCUUAUACUCUUUGUUGGUGUAGUACUGGUAUUGUGGAUGUUCCAUAGAAGCUGGCUCUUGUCUGUUUUUAUAUAUAUCUCCCCAAACUCACAUGGGACAAAAUUCAUCCCCUGUAGAGCAACAGCCCAAGACCACCUCUCAAAAGGGGACUUAUGCAGGGCAUAGGGACAAGGGAAAAUGUCAUCAGUGGAGAGCAAGGAAUGUAGAAUGUGUUCUAGCUGGAGAUUAUUAUUGGGACUGCAGUAAAAUAGAUCCGGCAGGUGUCACAAAUGGCCUGUGUAGAGGUAUAUUCUGCAAUGUGGUACUAGUGUGAGCUGAAAUGAUUCAAGAGAC